AUGGCAUCGAACGUCGGCGCCUUCCUCGCUUUGCCGCCGCAGAUCUUCCUCGUGCUGUUCCUCGUCUUCCUCAACUCGUUCCAGGGCUUCGGCAUCCGCUUCGUGCGGUACCAGUAUUUGACCAACGAGUACGGCUUCUCGGACAAAGCUGCCGCGUCGCUGCUGGGCGUGCAAGCCACGCUCAACCUCUUCUUCGCCGGCGUCGGCGCCGUGCUGACCGACGCCGUCGGCGUCCGCCGCUGCGCGAUGGUCGCCAUGUCCGUGUCCAUCGUCGGCCGCGCGCUCGUGGCCUUUGGGCGGUCGCGCCUCGAGCUCUACGCGAGCUUCCUCGUCCUCGCGCCCGUCGGCGAGGCGCUGCUGUCCGUGGGCAUCUAUCGCGUGUCGCUCAAGAAGCUGACGACGCCGCGGACGCGGGCCUUCGCCUUCGCGGUGGAGUACGCGACGUUCAACCUCAGCGGAGCGCUCGCGGACGUGUUGAUCGACGCGCUCCGGCGGCGGCCCGACGCCGUGAUCGGCGGCGCGACGUUCACGGGCACGCGGCUCUUCCUCGUCGCCACGUUCUUCGUGCUGCUCGCGUCGUGGGUCGUCGCCUUCUUCGGGCUGCGGGACGAGACGGUCACCGACGCCGACGACCCGGAGGAGGGCGCCGCGCCCGCGGCGGGGUCGCCGAAGCGGCGCGCGCGCGCCUACGCGGGCGGCGCCUGGUCGCCGCGCGCGUGGCUCGCGUGGCGGAGGGAGGAGACCCGGCGCUACGUCGUCUCGCCCACGCGGCCCAAGGCCUUCGUCGCGCCCGGGACCGCGCCGGCGUCGCGCGUCGAGGCGGCCCUCGCGCAGCUGAGACGCGUCGCCGCCGAGGCCGCGACGACGCUCCGGUCGCGGCGGCUCUGGCGCGUCUUCGUCGCGUCGCUCGCGGUCUUCGGCGUCGCCAAGCAGUGGUCCGAGUCGGAGCAGCUCAUGCCGCCGUUCCUCGAGCGGCGCUACGGCGAAAAGGUGCCCAUCUUCACGAUCCACUCCAUCAACCUCUGGGGCUGCUUGAUUUUUCCGACCUUGGUCGCCGCGAAGACGUCGGAUCUGCCGGCGUUCCGCGUCAUCGUGCCGGGUUUGUGGAUCAUGGCGCUGUCGCCCCUCGCGCUCGUCGCGUCGCCGACGCCCGCGGGCGCCGCGGUCUGGCAGGCCUGGCUCACGGCGGGUGAGGUGCUGUGGAGCCCGCGGUUCAGCGCGUGGACGAUCUCGCUGGCGCCCGAGGGCCGCGAGGGGCUCUUCAUCGCGCUCGCGGGCGUGAAAGAUCUGCUCCUGACCUGGCCGUCGACGAUGCUCGUCGGCGUGCUCAACGCGCGCUUCAACGAGAACUGCCCGAGCUGCCGCGACGCCGUCGGCCACUUCUGUUCCACGGUCGUCGACGCCACAACCUGCGCGUCGCAGACGGGCGUGUGCGACGCGCCGGCGGGCGGCUGGGAGACGAACGCCGCGGGACACGCGGUCUGCCCGGCGACGUGCCUCGAGUGCGCGUCCUACUCGGACCCGAACCCGCGCACGCUCUGGACCGUGGUGCUGCUGCUGUCGCUCACGUCGCCCGUGGUCGUCGUGUUCGCUCUCCCUUUUCUGCGGGACGGCUCCUACCGCCUCUGCGCGCCGUCGUCGGACCGGCUCCGCGACGUCUGCGGCGCGGGCCGCGGGCUCCGGCCCCGCGCGGCGUCCGGCGACGGCGUCGCCAUGGUCGCGCCGCCCCAGGACGAGACGGGGCUCCUCGAGGCCCCCAAGGCGGACGCCGCGGGCGUGGCCCGUCCGGCCCUCUGGGUCUUCGAGGACACCGGCGUCGAGAUGCUCUUCGUCGCCGAGCCGGCGCGGACGGCGCUGGACUGCGGCGUCGACGCGGCCGUGGACGCGUUCGGCGAGGCGGCGCCGUCCGUGGCGCCGGGCCUGUCCAUCGCCGGCUACGUGCGGCCCGACACGGUGUCGCGCUUCUGCCUGCGGCCCGGCGGGCGCCGCGGCCGCGUCGACUCGCGGCGGUCGCGGCGCGUCUUCACGUUCGGCGCGGUCGCGGCCGCGCCGACGCUGCGCGAGCUCGCGGACUGGAUCGACGAGUCGCCGACGCGGUGCCUGCCGUCGGAGCGGGGGCUCCUCUUCGAGGCCGUGGAGCUCCUGUGCUUCUGCCUCGGCUACAAGCCCGUCGUGCUCCGGCAGCGGCUCCUCCGGGGCGGCGGCGGCGCGCACAACGCCGUCGUCCACGGCGCGCCGGGGAAUCUGUGGUCGCCGCACACGCGCGCGGUGCUCGCCUGGCUCACGACGGGUCCGGGGCGCGCGGAGGUCUGGCGCGGCGCGGCGCGGAACGAGUGGGGCGACGGCGACGACCCGCCCUUCGAGGACAGCCUCGUCUUCGCCCACGCGGCGACGCACGCCGACGCGGGCCGGCGCCUCGUCGAGCUCCGGGCCCAGGACGCGUCCGUGCCGGGGCAGGCGAGCCGCGACGCGACGGCGGAGUUCAUCGCCGAGGUCGGGCGGCUCCUCGCGUACCCGGCGGACAGCGUCCGGGCCUACAUGGCGGACGAGAUGCUCGUGGGCUACGAGCCGCGCCUCGUCGACCGCGCCCUGGACCGCGGCGCCGCGUCCGCGGCGCGGUCCCUGGCCGCGGACGUCGCGUCCUUCGUCGUCGGCGCAGACCGGCUCCCCGCGCUCCCGGGCCUCGACGCGCUCCUCGACGCGCCCCUCGACGGCGCGGCGCUCUCCGACGCCGCGUCGGCCCUCGACUGGCUUUACGGAUCGCCCAUGAGCGGCGUCGCCGCGUCGUUGAGCGGCGGCCGCCAGCCCGCGUCGUACUGGUCGUGCUCCGUGUACGACAGGCUCCCGCAGCAGAUGCUCCUACUCCGCACGAAGAGCACGGCGCCGACGCCGAACGGCGCGGUCAUGAGCCAGGCCACCCACACGAAAAACGACGUCGGUUCGAGGAUCAAAAAGUACGUCAUCGCGAUCGUCGCGGUCACGCCGAAGACGCAGAAGAUCCAGGCGCCGGCGAGGAAAUCGUUGCCGAGGUGGCGCCGCCAGUACGCGUCGGCGCUCGAGUCCUUCGCCACGCAGCAGCCGCAGGAGUUCAGGAAGACGCCGUCGUAG